AGCUUAAAUUGAAAUGGCGAUUGGCUACUUCAGACUCUUGCCAACCCCUUAAGGAUCCGAUGUGAAAUUAGUCGCAAGAAAGCAUGUAAUUGACAAAGUCACGUGUGCGUAGGGGGCCAGAAACUGAGGGAGAGAGAAGGGGAAAAAUCAAAAGAGGGAAAGCACAUUAGACCAUGCGAGCUAAAUUUGUGAUCGUUCAAAAUCAGGAUGCUAGAUUGAUGCAGAAGACCACUUCGAUCCAAAGGGAAAGUUUUCAUCUCACGAGUUUGGAGCAGAGGGCCCGUGGGGCAACAUGGCCGAAGGGGCGAGUAAAGGUGGAGACGAGCCCGGGAAGUUGCCGGAGCAGGAAGAGGAGGAAUCCCAGGUUUUGCACGGAACAGGCCAUUGCAAGUGGUUCAAUGUGCGAAUGGGAUUCGGGUUCAUCUCCAUGAUCAACCGGGAAGGAAACCCUUUGGAGUCUCCAGUUGAUGUUUUUGUACACCAAAGCAAGCUUUACAUGGAAGGAUUUAGAAGCCUAAAGGAAGGCGAACCAGUGGAAUUUACUUUUAAGAAAUCUUCCAAAGGCCUUGAAUCAAUACGGGUAACAGGCCCUGGUGGGAGCCCCUGUUUAGGAAGUGAGAGACGACCCAAAGGGAAGACAGUACAGAAAAGAAAACCAAAGGGAGAUAGAUGCUACAACUGUGGUGGCCUUGAUCAUCAUGCUAAGGAAUGUAGUUUACCUCCACAGCCAAAGAAGUGCCAUUACUGUCAGAGCAUCAUGCACAUGGUGGCUAACUGCCCUCAUAAAACUGUUUCACAACAGCCCACUAGUUCUCAGGGAAGAUAUGAAGCAGAACCACAGCCUUCCACUUCUGCUUUCCUGAGAGAAGGGGGAGGGGCUUACUGCCAUUCAUCUCCAUCAUAUUCUCAGGAGGGAAGGUCAGAGAUCUUAGAACGUUCAGGCAGGUCACCACAAGAAGCUUCCUCCAGUAAGUUAUCUGCAUCACCUGAAGAACAAAGCAGAAAGGGGCCUUCUGUUCAAAAAAGGAAAAAAACUUAGAGCUUUGUCAUAACCGUUCAUUUUCUUUACCCUCUUGGAAUGUCUACCUCAUGCAAGAACAGGGGAAGUAAUUUCACUAUCAGUAGCUGACCUGAAAUUUUAACUACUGUUGAGGAACUGUGAAUUUUUUUAUUUUUUUUAAUAGACAAAUCACUCCAAGCAAAUUACAUUUGAGCAGGGUGUCUUGUGUUUUACUGCCUGUGUGUGUGGCUGUCCAUGAGUGCAUGUGUCUCUAUCAUGUCCUUCUGUCUGUAUGUAUACAUAUCUAUAAUUGCUAUCUCUAUCUCUGUAUAUGUAUACAUACACACACCAGCAGAACAUUCUCCAUUUCCCAGGAUACAUCAUCCAUUGUGAAGCAAUAGUCAUGGUUCAGAAUGUUUUUGGAUACUCAUUCCUGGCAGCAAUCUUGAAACAUGCUUUAAAAACCAGUUGAGAUCAUGACUGUUACUUUUGUAUGAACCAAAGGAUACUUCACCUCUCAAAGCUGCCAAUGAUACGGUACUAAGAAUACUAAGACAUUCCCCUAACCCUCGAUUAUGGGUGGAUAUUUUGUUCUUGAUGCCCAAAGUGUAGCAAGGUUGUUUUUUUCUCCACACCUGUCAAGGGCAUGCCUUGAUUAAGUAUGGCCCUGUUGCCACAAUCUUUGUUCAGGAGUUAAGACUCCAGAAAAGACAAUGAAUGUGUAGUUUCUGUGCUGAGAUCUCAAAUGUUGUGUUAAAUGAAUAUGGUUUAAUUUUAAGUUAGGUGACCGUUGUGUGGGGGAAGAAUGUGUCAGUUGUUCUGAACUGAUUGGUUUGAGUGGUAUCAAGCUACCACCCUGUUUGCCCCCUUUGAGUUUUGUGAAAAUCUUGGGGGUGGCGGGGCGGUAGGGUGGUGGCAGAAGCUGCUUCCCUGGGUCCCAAUUUGUCCCCCUGAGUCAGUGUACAGAUCAAGGGGAUUUCCCCCUUGUUUACUACUGAAAGUCAUGGAAAGAACUCCCUAGGGUUUUUUAAGAUAAA